UUGGUCACAAAAGACACUUAUAUUAAAUUUCUAUAUUAUUAAAAAAUGCCUCCAAAUCCUAAAAAAAGUCUGUUCUACUACUGCUUCCCUUGCAUCAAAAGACCCAAACAAACUAGCGAAGAAGUCUUAAUAAAAACAUUUGGGCACGAAUUUACCGAAUAUGAAUACGUUAUUGAAAAUCUGGCGAUACGAAGAGCUCCAAAGAUUAUACUUGACCAAUACCAACCAGCUCCAAAAAUUAAGAACAACCCUCAUCCAAAAAAACCGAAGGUCAAAGAUUUUGCUGCUGUUGUGUCAAAACCAACAACAGAAUGUGAUGUAGUUGGUCCGAUUGUUAAAAUAGAUAAGUCGGGCGAUUCUUUCGACUCUUGUCCACGAGGUGGCGUGAAAUGUGUGGAUAAAAUCAAGGAUGAUGUCUUGAAGAAGAUGUUAAUACCACCAUGUCACGUGUAUAGGGUAGAACACCCUACUCCACGACAUCAAAAGGUAGCAGCCGAUAUCCACAAAAAUAGUGAUGGCGCCGUUGUGGUAAACAAAAGAUUAACAAUUCCGAAUGAGAUUCGAGAAACAAUAGACGCGUUAAAAAUAGCUAGACCUGUACAAUCCUCUCCACGAAGAAACAGAAGACAUUUGGUAAGAAGCGUGUCAGAUACGAGCUGUGAUAAGGAAACGUGUUGCAACUUUUUAGGUGCUGACUUUGCAAAGUUUGACAAUAAAGAUAACAGAUCGUCUUUGGUGGAUGUCUUCUCAAAGCAAAGUAAAACGAAAAAUGUUUCUAAAUUUCCACAGCAUCGAAAGUUAUCACCGGAAAUGAAUAGGAUGGAACUUAGUAUGAUUUAAAAAAAAAUUUGAUUGCCAAUAUAAAUACUAUGAUAUUAAUUGCUGUCUAUACAUACAAUUAAUGCUUUUCCUUCUUCUUCUCCCCGCACCAUGUCCAUUACUGAACGGUGGUUAUCAUAUUAACUACACUUAUUUAUUCCGUGGCGUUACAACCCUUCGUGAGCUUUAGCCAACUCGACAACAUGCCUCCUCUUUUCUAUCUUGAGCAAUCCCCAUUAGUUCUCCACUCCAUAACUUUCAGGUCUCCUGCGAUAUUAUCUCUCCACCGGAGUCAAGGCCGUUCACGUGGUCUUCUUCCAGUUAGGAUUUCUGCUUAUAGAGGGACGACCAAGACUGAGCAAACCAUUCACGAAGGUUACGAGGUCAUAAUUUCUUCUUCUAUCGCGACUCAUCUUUCCACAUAAUUUUGAUCUGAAUAAUAAGAUGGAGAACUCCAUAUCAUUCUGGGUGCCGCAUGACAUGGCCAAAAUACUCCAAUUUUCGUAUAUUUACUGUUUUCACUAAUACUCCAGUGCGGAUCUGUUUUGAGAUGGACGUUGAGAGAUGACUCUAAUUUUUUUGCAGAAAUUGCUUGGAAUUAACCCAUAUAAUAAUAAUUGAGUUAUCCUCCCAGUCAAAAAGGUCCGGAACAUUGUUUAAAUAAUCAAAAUGUCAAAAAAUGAAG